CACAUUACAAUUGCAAAAGGCAAUUUCAAUCUGUAUUUUUUUGUUUUUGUUGUUUUUCAUUCUCUGAAUGCAGACUCAAUAAUUUAAUCUUUCUCUGUUGUGUGUGUAUACAUGGGGCAGAUAUUAAUUAUUCAGAUGAUAGCAAGCCAAAAUAGGUCAGCCUAGAAGAAAUUGCAGUACCCUGCAAUUUGCAACAGAUGAAGGAUGGAUCAUUCUUUCUUCAACAAUCCAAAUCAAGAAUUCUCAACAUCACCUCCCUUCGGCCUUCUGGAUCCAUCGUGGGAUAAGCUUCCUUUUAACCUUCAUGGUUUCUCUCCAUUCAACUCGAAUGACUCUGAAGGGAGUCAAGAGACUCUUCCAUCUGACGUUCCACUCACCGAAGCCAAAGCAUCUACUCAUAGUAUUGCUUCGGAUGUUCCACCAAACAUAGCCAAAAAUAAUUUACCGCAACUUAGUUCCUCGAAAGAGAUCAAGGAACAGGAAGCCACUCCAAAAGCUAAAAAAAACAUUCCGACAAGGAAAAAGACUUACCGAGGGGUCCGAAAUCGGCCCUGGGGAACAUAUGCGGCAGAAAUAAGAGAUUCCACUAGGAACGGAGUGCGAGUUUGGCUUGGCACAUUUGAGACUGGUGAAGCAGCUGCUCUAGCUUAUGACCAAGCAGCAUUAUCAUUACAGGGCUCUAAGGCUGUCCUCAAUUUUCCGAUUGAGCAAGUGAGAAAAUCACUCGAAGAGUUAAAGUGCGGUUUCACAGACUGGUGCUCGCCAGCUGAGGCACUGAAGAAGACUCAUUCCAAAAGAAAGCCAGUGAGUGGUAAAAGGAAAGGGAAAGGGUUAGCAACAAAAGAAGUGUUGGUGUUGGAGGAUCUAGGAGCUGAUUAUUUGGAAACACUUUUAAGCUCUUGUGAGAGAGGUAUUCCCAAGUGAAUUUGUUUCUCUCCCUCAGCUAGCUCUCGCCACCGCUGUCUUUUCAUUUCCGAUUAGAUUCUGUACAUUUAAUUUGCCCUUUCGGUGUGUCUCUUCUUUUUAAGAAAGAGAAAAAAAUACUGUGAAAAAACUGGUUGAAUUUUAUUAUUAUUAUUAUUAUUUGCA